CUGAUAUUAGAUAGAAGACUUCCCUUAUAAAUACCUUGAAAAGUGAUGAACAAAGGAUCAAACACGAAGUUAUCUAUCUUUCUCAACAUAUACCAUCCUUCCUCAUCUACCUAUUUAUAUUUUUCCGGCUCUCCAUCUGGCUAAGCCCUCCUCCCAUCACCAUUUCUCAUUUUUUAUCUCCUUCCUUGCUGAUACUUUGUAUCAACAGAAACAAUGUCCAAAAAUCUUCUCUCCAAGUUAUAAAAAUGCAUAUUUUUUUAUACAAGUUAAUAAUAAAAAAGCAUAAAAUGAGCUAAUCCGAUUUUCGGGCCGGGGGGGGGGGACCAUUGAAGUUGUGUAUUACUUUAUUGAAUCUCUUCCACUUUGUCAGACAAGGAUUCAUCCAAUCUUUAUUCCCAACAGACAGCUUGAUUUUUUUCGUUAUUUUUUUAAACCUUUAAACAAACAUAUUCCCUAUCACUUUCUCUCCUAUACAUAUACAUAUACAUAUACAUAUACAUAUACAUAUACAUAUACAUAUACAUAUACAUAUACAUAUACAUAAGCUCACUUCCCCCUUCCAUUUCUCUACACAAAACAAACCAACCCCUUCCCAUCUUUCACAACAUAUUUCCAUGGCGAAUUUGAUGAUAAGGAAUCAAACCAGAAUGCCCCCUUCAAAUCCAACACCACCACUAUCCAUUCACAGGGAUUCAAAGACUAUAUCAAAGCCAAAGCCAAAGAUACGCAUAAUACACAUAUUUGCACCAGAGAUCAUCAAGACUGACGUAGCCAACUUCAGAGAACUGGUGCAAAGACUUACCGGGAAACCGCCUCAAGAAAAGGGUUCCAAAAGAAAACCCAGAAAAGACCAUAGUUUCUGCGACAAGUCAGUGUCGACGGCAGCCAUGGCGAGCAAGAAAAUGGAGGUGAGACGUGGGUUUGUCCUAGGCUUGGAAACGAGAGAAAGGGUGGUUAAGGAAGAAGAAGGUAUGUUAUGGGGUAACAUUGGUGAUAAUUCAAGUGGUUUCUUGGGUGAUUUGGAUGGGUUUAUUCAACAACUUGGUGAAUUUCCUUUGCUCCCUUUGGAUGCUUCUAAUGAUCAUAUGCAUGGAUUUGAAGAAGUUCAACUUGUAUAAAAAUUCAUUCCUUUUUUUUUUUUUUUUUUACUUGGGUUUGCUUCAUUGUUCUUUUUUUUUUUUUUUUCUUUUGGUUUUUUAUAAUAUAUCAUUGAAGAUGUUUCUAGGGUGGGGGGUUUUAGGUAUAGUUUUAACUUAUUUUUAUGCACCUGUUUGUCUGUCUCUAAUCGUAUUAUCUCUGCUGUAAAUAUAAGAAAUGUUAUUGACGUAA